ACUCGGCUGCCUUAAAAAACCCUAGCUCUUGCUCCUUCACUGUGUUCUCUGUCUAUCUCCCUUCGUCUCAGCGAGUCAGAUCCAUCGAGCUCAAAGAGAGAUAAUGGCGAACGAGCACACAGUGUUGCAGUUCUCAUCUUCGUUGUCGUCAAGCUUGUCAGCGAAGGUUCACCCUCUAGUCAUCUUCAACAUAUCCGAUUGUUAUGUGAGGCGACCUGAUCAGGCCGAACGAGUUAUUGGAACCCUACUCGGCUCGAUCUUGCCAGAUGGAACCGUCGAUAUCCGAAACUCUUACGCUGUUCCUCACAGCGAGUUCUCCGAUCAGGUGGCUUUGGAUAUUGACUACCAUCACAAUAUGUUGUUAUCUCACCAAAAGGUGAACCCGAAGGAAGUAAUUGUUGGAUGGUAUUCAACUGGUUUAGGAGUUACUGGUGGCAGUGCAUUGAUUCAUGAGUUUUAUUCUAGAGAAGUACCUAACCCAGUUCAUUUGACUGUUGAUACGGGGUUUAGUAAUGGAGAGGGUACCAUAAAAGCUUAUGUUUUUGUUAAUCUAUCUCUUGGAGACCGACAACUUGCUGCACAAUUUCAAGAGAUACCUUUGGAUCUUCGUAUGAUUGAAGCUGAGCGAGUUGGAUUUGAUAUUCUAAAGACGACAGCAGUUGACAAAAUCCCAACUGAUUUGGAAGGAAUGGAGGCCACAAUGGAGCGGCUUUUAGCCCUUAUUGAUGAUGUUUACAAAUAUGUUGACAAUGUUGUGGAAGGGCAAAUUGCACCAGAUAACAACAUAGGGAGAUUUAUCUCGGAUACUCUAGCAUCUGUUCCUAAAUUACCUCCAGCAGCUUUUGAUAAGCUUGUCAACGACAGCCUGCAGGACCAUCUGCUGUUGCUGUAUUUGUCAAGCAUCACCAGAACACAGCUCGGUUUAGCGGAAAAGUUGAACACUGCUGCUCAGAUUCUGUAAUUUUUGGCAUUUUCAUGUGAUCCGUGUAGAAGACGAGUUCAAUUGACACCCCCCCCCAAAAAAAAAUGUUGUGGUUUUUUUUUAGAUGGCCAACUUCGAGAAAUGUGGCUUUUUGAUUUGAGAGAAGGUUGUAUUAAUAUUUUAGCUUCAUUUAUCCUUCAACGAUGUUUUGCAUUAAUUUUUAAAUAUAUGUAGGUGGUCGUUAAAUUUUACAA